AUGGUUAAGUUGGAGCUGCGGGAGUUCGCCGAGGCCACCCGGCGCAUGGUGCAGCUCAGCGGUGUGAAGAAGUCGCGGCUAAUGCUGCGCGCCCGGCCCAGGAGCGGCCGCAGCACGUUUGUGCUGAAGUCGACGGACGGCCGCACCACCCUCACGACGCGGGUGACGCAUCAGGGGGAGCUGAGGCUCGUGGAGGGCAUUGUGAACGACUUCGUUGGGAGCUGCACCGCCGCCGUAGCGCCGCCCGCCCCGCUACCGUCCGCCGCCGCGCCGGGCAAACAGGCGGAGCGUGGCGGGGCGGGCGGCGGCGGCCCAGAGCCCUCCGCAGCAGGAGGAAAGGGCGGCAGCAAGCAAGGAGGGAGGGCCGUCGGUGGAGGCGCGCACGCCAACCAGCAGGAACAACACGGAACGAAGAAGCGGAGGGGUGGCCGUCGAUAG